CGGACACUAAGCCCAACAGGCAGAAGGGAGAAGUGAAAGUAACAGAAGAGAGUGAACGCGGAGUGAAAGAGAAGUUCAAAGACAAAAAAGAAAACCGCAUAAAAAACAACAUUGCAUUAGUUUUGAGAGCAGAAAGUGGGACAUUGAGGCAGGUUUGAAUCUGCAGCCCUGGUAUGCUGUGUUUCCUGUUUCUAAAGCGGACUUGAGUCGCACUACAAGUGCUUUGGAUCCGGUGACAGCCUCGACACAAACGCAGCAAGAGACGGGACCGACAUGGAGAAUGGGAAGAACCGCCUGCAGCAGACCCAGGACGAUGUGGAGGAGGUUAAGGUCAUCAUGCUGGACAACCUGAACAAGGCUGAAGAGAGAACUGGGAAACUGCACGAACUGGAGGAUAGGGCAGAUGAGCUGCAUUCAAAAGUUAUGGCUUUUGAAAAGACCACCAACAAGGUGAAGCAAAAGAAAAGAUGGGAGAACCAGAAGAUGAAAGUGGUGUUUAUUGGCGUCGGAGUCGUCGCAGGACUCAUCAUUUUGGGACUCAUAAUCUAUGCUAUUGUUUCUAGCACAGGAGCAGAGUAGCUCCUCUGCUGGUGAAAGUUAAACAAUUUGUCUGGACUGAGGAAUAUGAGGUGGACAAAAGGAAAAGAGGAGUGCAAACUGUGGGACUCUAGCAUCUCGCCUCAACUGCUCAAUCUGUGUUGUUCAGUUUAAAUAUAUUUAUGGGCGUAUCGGUCCCACUCUUCAUUAGUCUUCAGUUGAUAUGGUACCAAUGUUUGCUCAGCUGCUUCGCUGCUUUUUUAAAUAACUCUUCAAAGGUAAUGUCUCUGUAAGGCCCACAAUGGGUGAACACACAAAUCUUAGAUCAUAAAAUUAGAUCUAAAUAAGAAGUUCUCCUCCACCCCAUCAAUUACUAAUAUUUUUAACCAAACAUUAUCAGGCUGCUACUUUUUUAUUCUUAAGUUUGUACAUAGCUUUCCCCGUUUACGAGCACAACUCAGAGGAACAGAAAACUGCCAUCAGUGGUUUCUGAACUCAAGACCGAAUCCUUUUCACCAACUAAUCAGUCGAUAAUUAGAGUCAACUGUGAGAGUGAGAAGACAGAGGAGGAGACAGAACAGAUGUUAAACUUGGUGAAUAUAUGCAGCUUCCAAUAGUUUUGCAUUGAAAAAGUAAAAUGAUGUAUCGUCACAUGAAAUUUCAUCAUCAAAAGUGAAAAGUUGUCCGUAUCAUUAAAAAGUUUUCAAAGGUGCACAA